AUGGAGCAAACGGCGGCGGAAUUGGAGGAAAUUGCGGAGGCGAAACAGAGGAGCCUCGGCGCGGCGUUCGAGGCCGCGAAAUCCCAAGCUUCGUCGAUUAUUAAGUUCACCUUGGAGUGGAAGGAGCUCGAGGAUCACUUCGAGUCGACCCGGACCGCGCUCAAAACCGGGUUCGAGGAGCUCGACGGACGCGUCAGGGAGGCGGCGGAGAUGGAGGCCGAGGCGGAGAGGUUGAUGGCGGUGGCGGAGCGGAGAUGGGAGGAAGCGGAAGACGACCGCGUCAGGGAGGUGGCGGAGAUGGAGGCCAAGGCGGAGAGGCUGACGGCGGAGAUGGAGCGGAGGCGGAAGGAAGCGGAAGAAGGUGAGGGAUAUUUGGAGUCGGUGAGGGAUUUGAUUAGGGAGAAUGAUGAGGAGCUUAGGGUUAGGGAGGAGAGGUAUGGGAGUUUGGAGAGGUUGAUUAGGGAGAAGGAGAGGGAGGUGGAGGAGGUGGAUAGGCAUGUGAAGGAGAAGACUAGGAAGUUGAAUUGGGUGGAGAAGAGGACAGAGGUGAAGGGGAAGGAGGUAGAGGAUGAGGUGAAGAGGUUGAGUGGUGUGAAGAAGUUGGUUGAGGAGAGGAAGAAGGAGCUGAUAAUGGUGAAUAAGGAAUUGGAGGGGAAAGUGGAGAUGCUGAGGUUUGUGGAGGACUCGAUAGCGGAAUGCUGUAGAGAGCUUGAGAUUAAGGAGGGAGCGAUUCGUGCGGCGGAUGCGAAAGGGGAGGAGUUUUGUGUGUUGAAGAGAGCAAUGGAGGAGUGGUGCUGUAAUGUGGAAGUGAAGGAGAGGGAGAUGGAAGGGUUGGUUGCGAGGAUGGAGUCGAAGGAGAAGGAAGUGGAAUCGAAGGUGGAGGAGCUUGGUUUGAUUCGUAAGGAGUUUCUUGAUGAGGUUCAGUUGAAGGAGAGGCAUUUGGAUUUGCUUGAGAAAUCCUUACUAGAAAGGGAGGAGAAGUGGCAUUUGGUGCAGAAGUCUGUAGAAGAAUGCUCUCGGGGAAGUGUGAUCACUAGGGAUGGGAUAGGAUUGCAGCUGUUCAUGGACGAGCAUCUGAAGAGAAUUGAUUCCAUGGGUACUGAACUCUCGGCUAUUCUUAAAGAGUCUUCAGACCCGGUGAAAUUGGUUUUGGAUGCAAUGCAGGGGUUUUACCCUGAGAAUAGGGGGUCGGAUUUUGAAUUGAGAGUUAGAAGACGAAGUUGUUGCCUUUUGUUAGAGGAGUUGAUGAGGAUGUCCCCUCAAAUGAAUCCUCAAGUGAAAGAGGAGGCGACAAAAGUGGCUGCUGAUUGGAAAGCCAAGAUGACAGUGGCGAGUGACAAUGACUAUGAGGUUUUAGGUUUCUUGCGGCUUGUUGCUGCUUAUGGCUUAACUUCUACCUAUGAUGCAAAGGAGCUUAAGAGGCUUCUUUCUAAUGUUUCACAUGGUCAACAAGCAGCUGAAUUAGGCCUUGCGCUUGGUAUUACGGCGCAUGGGAGCCACAUUUGUACCCCUGUCAAAAUUGAGGAACCAGAAUCUUCUGCAGCCAACAAUGCAGCAACUGUUUCUUCUCCUAAUCCUCAAUCAAAUGCCACCAGAGAUGCAAGGAAUUCACAGUUACCAGUAUCUUCUGCAGCCAACAAUACAGUACCUAUUUCAUCUCCUAAUCCUCAGUCAAGUGCCACCACAGAUGCAAGGAAUUUUCAGGGAUCUAUAAAUGAGCAUUUGAGUUGGAAUUUAGAUGAAAUACAUAAUGAAUUAGUGGCUUCUGUUCGAAAGGCUCCAGACCCAGGAAAACUUGUGUUGAUGCUGAUGCAAAACUCUCUUGUCAAAUACUGGACAAGCGCAGAAGCUAGUCUGAAAAAGGGUGCCAUGUCAUGUAAUAUUUCUCUAUUAAAGAUGCUGAUGAGAGUCUCACCACAAGUAGGAUCUCAUGUAAAAGAAGAUGCCAAGAAGCUAGGACUCCAAUGGAAAGAAAAUAUUAGAGCUGCUGAACAUCUGGAAAAUCAUUUGGAGAUUGCGGGGUUUUUGCUGUUUGUUGCUACAUAUGGAUUGAUUUCUACACUGAAUGGAGAUGAGAUUGUAAAGUUGCUCGAAAGGCUUUCUCAACAUAAAGAGGCUUUUGAAUCAUUGCUGAUGCAUGGUUUUCUAGAUAAGAUCCUUGUGGUCUUUAUUCAGACACUAGUGGAAGGGAAGCAACUCUUUCAGGCUCUUGGAUUUGUCUUUAAGUUCAAGUUACUUGGCAACUUCACUCCAGUACGAGUCUUAAAAGACUAUGUGAAGGAUGUAAAUUUGUCUGAAACUUUGAAGAGAAAGAACUCCGCUGAUGAAAAGUUUGAGUUUAUAGACAGCAGAAUAGCUGAUCUUAGAGCAGUGCUUCGAUGCAUCAAAGAAUACAACCUCGAGUCCGAAUACCCAUCUAGGGAAAUUGAAGUACAAAUAGUUGAGUUGGAAAAACUAAAGGAGAUUUGUAGAGGUCCGGAGAAAUGUCUUGCCUCUGUCAUUAGACAACAAGAGCAGAGUCAAGGGCAGAAACGUAGUAGCAGCAGUUCCCCCGCGGUUCAACAAGGACAACAGAAAAGUAAAUUCCAUCGGACAGCUGAAGCAUCCCCAAGUCCCUAUAAAUCACCAAGUUUCACCCCUGUGCAACUGCAGUCAAGAGUCACAAGACCACCAUCAUCUUUGGCGUAUGGAAAUUAUGGACAGCAAGGGCAGGUUGGUAAUAUGGCUGCAAACUCUAGUGAAGUUGAUGGAUCUUCAUCUUUGGCAUAUGGAAAUUAUGGACCGCAUGGGCGGGUCGGUGAUAUGGCCGCCAACUCCGUUCAAAUUGAUAGAUUUUCAUCUUUGGCGAGUGGAAUUCAUAGACAGCGUGGGCAGUUUGGUAAUAUGGCUGCCAACUUACCCGAAGUUAAUCCCCAUUUUGGUAUCAUAGAUGAAGUUGAUCCUCUUUUUGGGGUACCUAAUCUUCCUAACCCUCAUCCACUCAUGGAUUUCACUCCCUUUCCUCGCCGUUAUGGCCCUUUUUAAACGUAGAAUUAACCGACAAGACAUGCUGAUCUUGAAGGGCUAGGGUAUACUGCAACUCCAAGACCCAGUCCCCGUGCAGCUGAUUUUCGUCCAUCCCUGUACAGUCACCCUUGAAGCACCAGUAAUGUCACCGCUCUACCAAGCACAGCUUCUUUUGUUAGUUGCAUGACACCUGUUUUGGCCAACGGUAUACUCCAAGCCGAUCGGAGUACUUUGUACUUGACAGUGUUAAAUGUCAAUAGGUUGGUCUUGACUGUUAUAUGAUAAUCAGAGAGAACUGAGAACGGUUAGGCGGAUCACAAUAUAGUAAUGGCAAGUUUAGGGAUCUGUAGCCGACUUACGAAGAGAAGUUACUCCAUCAGAGACCUCAUGGUUUUGUACUCGAAACCCUUUGGACAUUGUUUACCGUCAAGGGAGAUCCUGAGAUAUAUGUUAAAUAGUGUGAGAUUAGUCACUUGCCAUGAAAUUUAGCUGAGUUUGUAUUGACAAUGGCAACAUUUCAAAUGCUGUUGUAACACGGUACACACCCAUGAAACAAAAAUAUGACAUCAAAUUAUGUAUAAUAUAAAAUUGGUCUCUCAGAAUAAAGAUGUGCAUUGG